AUGUUUAAAAACAAAUUAGACAACACCUCGCAAGACAUUAUAAAAACUGCUAAUGUAAUCGUCAGCACAAUUCUUUUUGUUAGAGUUAUUGGAGCUGGUAUUGACUAUUAUCGAGAAGUGACCUAGAAAUCUGAGUCAAAAGAACAACUCUAAACUGAUUAUAUGUCUCUAAAUGAAAGCACUAUAGAUUUAGCCCUUGCUUUAGUUGGUAACAUCCUGAUGAUAAUCUACACUAUAUUAAUGUUUGCUGUUAAACGUUGGAGUUUCAUGCUAUAGUUUGCUCCUGAGAUUGGUAUACUUACACAGUUUAUUUCCUUUCCUUACUAUGACCUUGGGGGCGGAGCUAGUCUGAUGAUUUAGUACAUGAGUUUCCAAAUAAUUACAAUUUACAUAAUUUCUAAUUAACUGGUUUUAGUGGACUAGUUUGAUAGGAAAAAUUUACUGAAAAGGUUACCCCUCAUAAUAAUUUAUGGAAUAGCAUAAUUUUACAUAUUUCAAAGAUCUUUUAAGAGAGACCUAAUAGAUUUUUUUGGAAAUCAAACCAUUUACUUGUUACUCAUGUCAAUAAUGAUGAAUCUUCUUGUCAUAGUAUCCUCAUUUGUACUUUAAAUUAAAAGAAUGAACAGGCUACUAUAUGAAAAAGACAAGAACACUGUUCUGACAUAAGACUAUUAAAGAAUUAUUGACAAUUUUGCUGAAGGAAUUUUGAUUGCUAAUGAAUAGGGGAAAAUCUCUUACAUAAAUCAAUAAUUGAAAUCCUUUAUUGAAUAUACAGAAAACAAUGAUAGAAGUGAAACUUUGAAUAAAAAAAUAUUCAAAGCCUACUACCUUCAUGCAGAAUCACAAGAAGAAGAGAAAUGGUUGAGUCUAAUGGAUAUUAUCUAAGAUCAGAAUAUGUAAAUAGACGAGCAAGAUAGGUAUCUCUAUCGCAAUUAUUUUGAAUUAGUAGGACCUGAUAGUUAAUCAUCACAUGAAUCUGGGAAUAAUUUAAGCCAGGAAUCAUAAAACAAGGAAGAUAUGUGGUCAGUAGAGGUACAGAAAUUUAAUAUUCAAUUCAACAGACAAGAUCAGAUGCUAAUCAUCAUAAAAAAUAUAUCCUCCAUCAUCAAUUAUGAGAAGCAUAAAAAUGAUUCUAAGUAUUAACAAUUACUACUCGCAUCAGUUUCGCAUGAAAUGCUUACACCUUUGAAUUCUAUUAUUAAUCUUUCCAGUAUAAUAAGAAGAAAGUUUGAAAAUAGUCUACUAGAGAGUAGUAGGGGGAAACUUAGUCAUUAGGAUGACACAAAAAGCAUCAAACUCUUAGAAAAUGCUUCGAGCGUGACAGAAACAUUAUUUUUAAUCAAGAUUGUUCACAAUUCUGCAAUUCUAAUGCAUUACUUAAUACAAGACUUCAUAGAUCUUAAGUGCAUUCUAACUGGGAAGCUUGAAUAAAACAAUUAAAAUUUUGAUCUAUAAAGAGCGUGCUUUGAGAUUCUAGAACUUUUUGAGAUUUAAAUAAAAAGCAAAAACUUAACUUGCACCUUUGAGAUUUCCUUAGGGACUCCGUCAUCACUCUAUUUCGAUGCAAAGAAAUAUCAGCAGAUAAUAUUAAAUUUGAUAUAGAAUGCUGUUAAAUUCACAUAAUAAGGUGGUUUUGAUAUUUUCUUAGACUUUAAGAGACUAUAAAGUUGUCCAACUUAUGGUUGUGGUACUUUAAUUACUUCCAUAAAGGACACUGGAUAGGGAAUGGAUGAGGAUGCAAUGAGAAACCUUUUUUAAAUUUUUGGGAAUUUCAAAAGAGUUUCUGAUGAAGGUAUUAUCAGAUCUAACGGAGUAGGACUAGGACUUAGUAUUUGUAAGGAACUAGUUAAUUUCCUAGGGGGUCAAAUAUGUUGCGAUUCCUAAUAAGACUAAGGUUCUAAAUUUUAGUUUUCAAUAAAUAUUAUGUGCAAAUAAUGCAGAGCUGAAUUAGAGUAAUAGUCAGCAUAAAAAAGUCAUAAAUAAUAGUAAACUUAAAGCGAUGCUGAAUCUUCGCUAUUCUAAUUUAAGGGAACUAAUAUCAAAGAAGAAGCAUAUGAAAUCCAAUAGGCACUGAACGAUUCUAGAGCUGGACUGAUAUUACACAAGCAAAAGACUUUGUAACCUUAUAACAUUAGAGAGCCCAGCAAAACUCCUAAAAGCUUGAUUCCAAUACCUAACUCAUUUUAUUAGCCUAAUACUCCAAUGAGCUAAAUUGGAAAAUCUAAGUUUGCAAAUCAAAUGAAAUCAGCAUAAUGUGUAAUAUCUUAAAACCCCUAUAUGAACUAGCCUACAAACCCAACUAAGAAGAAGAUAAUAUUUGGAGAUAAGGUUCAAGAUUUAGAAUAAAUUAUAAGAAUGAAAUCUAUUAGGAAAAAUUAAAGGCCUACACCAAGCGGAAAGGUAAAUGCUUAAUUAUAAUAGAAUCUGACUCCAACAAGUUCAGUAGGAUUUGAUUAAUUAACUUAAAAUUACUAGAGUAUGAGAAUAGAUUCAAUGAAGAGAAGCCUGCAUGCUAAGAAAGAUUCUAGCUCCAUCAAAAUGCCUACAGAUAAAUAAAAAAGGACAGAUAUUUCAAGAACUUCAAAAUCUAGUUAGUUUAUGCUUUAGGUCAAGGUGAUAGAUUUCAGUGAUGCUGCUUAAUCAUCCAUUGAUAAUAGUGAAUAUCAGCAAAUAAACAAUAGUAAAAAUGAGAAGAAAAUAAGUAUGAGACAGAUAAGUAAAAGACAAUCUGAUUCAUUAGCUUAUAAAAAUUCUACAUUUGGUGUAAUUCAAACUCAAAAUGACAAUAAUUCAGUAUGCCUGUCACAAAUAUAUCCAGAUCUUUGCCACUCUAAGUCAUUUGGAAAUCAUAAACCUAGAUGUAUUGAUAAAACCGCAAAAAGUGCAAUAAUGGUAGGUAGUCACCUAAGUUAGAUCAUUCAAGAGCAAGAUUAAGAAGAUUGCUCUAGCAGUUCAAGACUUACAAUGAAUGAAUUAGGGACAGAGUUUGCUAGAAACUAAGUAUAUCAAUUCAACGAAAAUCAAAACAAUAUUAGCUUAAUCAAGGCUAAUCAGUCAUAAUAAUCGAGAGCAAUCAGGUUAUUAAAUACUAUCUAGGAGGAGCCUGCUAAUUAAAAUACUAAUAAUGACUUCGAAUUGGAAAAUAAUUAGGAAUAGUAUAAAAAAGAAUCUGAUAGCAAAUUAAAGUUGAACUAAAAUAAUGAAAUGAGUAGAAAUAACAAUCAGUCAUUCAGUAAAAAGAAUAACUCUAACAAUACUUUGAUCUAAAUUGGGAUAGACAGCAAAUAUAGUUAGCUAUUUCAACCAAAUAGCAAAGAUAUGCUUGACAGUAUUGAGAAAAAAGAUAAGAACUUAUUGAUACCUAAUCAAAAUGGUGAAUAGAUGCAAUAACAUAUUUCGCCAAGUUUCAGAGUUAAAGCAUUCGACAGAACAAAAGACAUUUCUAGCUAACUUCAUUUAUAAUCUCCAUCUCGAUAUCAGUAUUAAAAUUAGCAGUCACUUUAGUUUACACAGCUAAGUAAAUAAAAAUCACAAGAUUAACAACCACAGCAAUAGCCGUAACAAUAUUAAUUGAAACUAUCAAAAGAGUAAUUAAUCAUAGAAGACAGUUCUUCUAGUAUGGAUGUUGAAGAUAUGAUAAAGCUAGAUAAGAUGCUCCUUUCAUCUAAAAGAAUUACGCCUGAGAAAACAUGUUCUUGUGAGAGUUCGACAAAGCAAUGA